AUGCCAGUCGACUAUAGCAAAUGGGACGCACUGGAGCUCAGCGACGACUCCGACAUUGAGGUCCAUCCCAACGUUGACAAAAGAUCUUUUAUUCGCGCGAAGCAGAACCAAAUCCACCAAGAGCGUCAACAACGGAAGCUACAAAUCGAAGCAUACAAAUACGAACGGCUCAUCCAUGAUGGACUUUUGAAGCGCAUUUCUUCUCUGCUGGCGUCCCUCAAGGCCCAUGCCUCAGAGGCAGCUGGCAGAAACCCUGGUGAAAUAGCUUUCAAGGCUGUCAUGGAAUCGGGCGGCGACCCAAAGGACGAUCAAGUUCCCCCGCGACCGGAGGGAUUGCAUAGCGAUGGCAAGGAGCCCAAGACUUAUUCGCAGAUGAUGGCGGCGCUGCUCGACGAAGUCAACAAAGCGUUGGAUGCGAAGAAGCCUGAGGACCGAUAUCAGGCUAUGAUGACGGAGCUUGAGGGACAUGUGGACAAGAUUAACGAAAUGCAAAGGGAGCUAACGCCGAAACUCGAGAAGCUGCUAAAAGAGGAGGGCAAGAAAAUCACCAGCGCUGACAUUCACACUGGAUUCGAUAGCUCGCACGUUGCAAAGGCGAAACCGUCUGAAAAGAAGCAAGCGUCUACGGAAGUGGAACUUUUGAAUCCCAACGCUGCGGCUUCGGGCUCCCAGUCAUCUGGCGAGAAGGUCAAGGUGAACGAUGAUGAAGAUAUCGAGGCAUCUCCAGCAGCCAAGAAAUUUGCGCAGAUUGAUUCCAAGGACUACGCUGCAAGUCUGCAGUUCCUCUCGCAAAACCCACAGAUUGUGACCGAAAGAGAGACAGAUGGUCUUUUGGUGCUGGCCUUUGAUGCCGCGCUGGAGAAAAAGGAUGACUAUUCUCGCCAAUGCGUUCACCAAGCUCUGUUACUUCAAUACUGCAGACUGCUCGGGAAAGAUGGCGUCGGACUUUUCUUCAAGAGGGUCACCACAAAAGGUCACCAAGCGCAGGAAGUGUUCUACAAGGACGUCCAAGACACCUACCUGCGCAUUAAAAACAGGUCGAGAGAAAUUCUUGCAGAGCGCGCGAAGGAACCAGAGGAAGGUGUUGAGCAAAUCCAACUGCAUGCUGUAGAACCAGGGACUGUUAUUCAAAUCAAGGUUCCUGCAGCUGAUAGCCAGGACACGGAUGAGCAGCGCGCUCGGGAAAUCUUUGACGCAUUCCAGCCGGAUAUGAAGAAGGCACUCGAAUCAGGAGAACUGGAUGAGGUGAAUAGGGUUCUGGGUAAAAUGAAGGUGGAUGAGGCUGAAGAGUUGGUAGCCCUGUUUGGAGAGGCAAAUAUUUUGAGUCUCGAGGAACAAAUCAUUGAUGCUACGACAGAGGAAGGCCAGAAACAGUGGAAGGAUAUGGAAGCUGCUGCUAAGGCGGAAGCGGAAGCGGAAGCGGAAGUAGAAGUAGACGGACCUGCGGGCGAUCCGGAAUAA